AGCCAGGCCUGCGUGGAGGAGGAAUAGCGCGAGAAACCGCCGGCAGUGUGUGCUGAGCCAGGCGGGCGGCUCGGCCCGCUUGCAGCGAAGUCGCUCCAGCCUGCUUGCUUGCUUGCCGGCGGCCGCCCGCACCGCCGGUCAAGAUGUCCGGCGGGCGGGUGUGCGCUGCCUGCGGCGGCUCCGACAUCGAGGUGGACUCAGCCCGGGGCGAUGCCGUCUGCACCGGAUGCGGUUCGGUGCUGGAAGACAACAUCAUCGUCUCCGAGGUGCAGUUCGUGGAGAACAGCGGAGGAGGAUCCUCGGCAGUCGGGCAGUUCGUCUCCCUCGACGCAGCAGGAAAAACUCAAACUGUUGGAGGAUUUCAUGUCAACUUGGGAAAGGAGUCGCGGGCACAGACUUUGCAAAAUGGAAAACGCCAGAUCCAUCAUUUAGGGAACCAGCUGCAACUAAAUCAACAUUGUCUUGAUACAGCUUUCAACUUUUUCAAAAUGGCGGUGAGCAAGCACUUAACCCGUGGGAGGAAGAUGACCCAUGUCAUAGCAGCAUGCCUCUACUUGGUCUGUAGGACAGAAGGCACUCCACACAUGCUGCUUGACCUCAGCGACCUCCUUCAGGUGAACGUCUAUGUGCUGGGAAAAACAUUUCUUCUGUUGGCCCGAGAGCUCUGCAUAAAUGCUCCAGCUAUAGAUCCGUGUUUAUAUAUUCCUCGUUUUGCACACAUGCUCGAGUUUGGUGAUAAGAACCAUGAAGUCUCCAUGACAGCUUUAAGGCUCCUGCAGCAGAUGAAGAGAGACUGGAUGCACACAGGUCGACGGCCAUCAGGGCUUUGUGGUGCAGCUCUUCUUGUUGCAGCAAGAAUGCAUGAUUUUCGGCGCACUGUUAAAGAAGUAAUCAGGGUGGUUAAAGUUGGUGAAUCAACAUUAAGGAAAAGACUUACAGAAUUUGAAGAUACACCUGCAAGUCAACUAACAAUAGAUGAGUUCAUGACCAUUGACCUGGAAGAGGAAUGCGAUCCUCCUUCAUUUACAGCUGGUCAACGAAAGAUAAAGAUUCAACAGCUUGAGAAAGAAUUGUCAAAAAAGCUUGAAGAAUUAGAAGGUGAAAUAACAAGCUAUCAAGAUGAAAUAGAGAAUGAAUUAGAAAAUAGCCGGCCGAAAGCAAAAGGAGUUUAUGCAAAUUAUAGCAAGGAUGAUUGCAUAGAAGAUACUAUUUCAAGUAUAUUUGGAGAUGAGGAUGGAGAAGAUGAAGAACUGGCAGCAGCUGCAAAUCAUCUGAACAUGGACUUUUAUAAUGAACUGCUUGAUAAAGACAGAUCAAAGGAAAAAGAAAUUUCUGUAAGGCCAUCUGCUCUGGAAUCACUGCUUGGACCUCUUCCUACUGCAGCCAGUCUUGGAAUAACAGAAUCUAUAAAAGAAUGUAUAUUGACUAAAGACCGAGACCAUAAUGAAAAUACUGGAGAUGGUGAAUUAGAUCUAAGUGGAAUUGAUGACAGUGAAAUAGAUAUGUACAUACUUAAUGAUUCAGAAGCCAGGAUAAAAGCAGAACUGUGGAUGAAGGAAAAUGCAGAUUAUCUCAAGGAACAAAAGGAAAAAGAAGCAAGGAUAGCAAAGGAAAAGGAGCUUGGUAUUUAUAAAGAACAUAAGCCGAAGAAGUCUGCAAAGAAACGGGAGCUAAUCCAGGCCAGCACAGCAGGAGAGGCAAUUGAAAAAAUGUUGGAACAGAAGAAGAUUUCAAGUAAAAUUAAUUAUAAUGUGUUAAGGGACCUCAACAGCAAAGGAGGUAGCACACCAAAGAAAGAUGAUGAUACCACUGAUGACAGCACCAGCACCAAGAAGUUAUCAAGGAGAAAGUCUCUUGUGAAUCGGAAUGUGGCCAAUUCGGUAAACCCAGUGGGGAAAAGGCUAAGACCCUUGAUUUCAACCCAGCUAGCCAAAAAGCAGGCCACAGAAGAGAAACUGAAAAAGGUUGAAAAAUCAGGAACUGUGCUGGUGGAAACUGGGCCAGUAUCUUAUAAUCAUGAAGAGGAUGUGGAGGAAGAAAUUGAAGAGGAGGAGGAUCAUUGCGUGAGCGCCCUUAAACUCAUGGGAGGAAAUGAUUAUGGCUGUGAUAUGGAAGAUGACGAUGGGUAUUAAACCUUUGUGUCUCCAAAUGGAAAUUGUGGGAGAAGCCACUGGUAGUAAAAACAACUCUUCCUGCCUCGGAAACAAAGGUUCUGUUUGCUGCGGAUUCCUCUCAGUUUCCCUUGACCAACAGGCAGGCACUGGAGCUUGACUUUUGAAUACUUGAAAUGUUUCUGAUUUGGAUCAUGACAUAAGAAAAAGAUUAACUGAAGCAUCACUUCCAGAGAUGAAAGAAGAGCCAAAUCGCUACCCAAACUUCCUUUGGACUUACCAUGUCCUGGAUUCAAUAUAUAUAUAUAUAUAUUUGAAUCAGCACAAUACAACAUAUAUAUAUGUUAUAUUUGUGCUGAUAAAUAAAUAAAGGGAGACUAGUAUAGAUAUAUAUAUAUGUAAAAUAUGUACACAGAAGAAGAAUUGUUACAGAAUGCUAGACUUUUGUGUGAAACAUAUUUGAGACUUGAACUUUUUUUUUAAUUAACAUUUUUGAGUUGCAUUGUUUACAUUAAUAGGAUCCUCAAGCAGAAGUUUGUUUCUGCUAUAGCAUCCAUAUUUUCAUGCUUCAGGAAUGGUGAAUCAUAUCAAAGGGGCAGACAGCUUCCUCUGGAAAUAAGUUCAAAUGUAUUCUUUGUUUGUUUGUUUGUUUGUUAAUAUAUCCUAGGAUCAGACCAUGCUUGCCUGUAAUCUCUAUGUCAGUAUAAGACAGCAGUUAUAUUUCUUGUUUUUAAUUCCUUAGAAAAAGUUGCUGUAUUAGAGCAGAGACCUCAUGGGUGUUGCUGUUGUUCAAAGCUUCUUUGCAAGGCGAGUUUUUUGGUGUUCCAAAAAAAUUAAGCUUGGUCUUCUUUACACUCACAGCUACUAUUAGAGACGGGGCAAGCAAAGGCUAGGCUGAGGACAGAAGGAAGGAAAGCUCAACAAGUUAACAUCUGACACUCUUUUAUUUCUGGCUGAGGACCAUUUCACAAGCUUUUAUGCCCCAUCCCAGGUUUUUUUUUUUUAAUUGUUAAAAACAAGAUGAUAUCUCAGGGCAAUUUCUGUCCUCUUGGCAGAAGUGUCAGAUUUCUCUCCAAGAUAAUGUCUUUGUUUUUUUUAAGCAAGUAGUUUGAAACUAUUUUUAUUCUCUUUGAUGGCAAAGUAAUUUUAUAUUUUGUAAUGAUGUCAUUAAGGAUGUAUUUAUAGCUCAAUAGUGGAAGAGGCUCAUCUAUCACUAUUUUAUCAGUUGAUCAGCUGGUAUAACUAGCAUCCUGAGAAAUAUAAAACAGACUAGUAGUUUACCCACUUAAAUUGUGUAAGACAGAUUUUUCUUGAUUCUCAUACUCCCUGGACUAUAAAUUAGCUCUGGUUCCUGUGACAUUUUUGUACCACUACAUUUAUUUGUUAUUAGAAGCAGAAGCAUUAAUACACUUUUCAUAUUUUGUUGAACAAACAAAGUAGCUUUAUGGAAAAUAGUUUUUUCCUGUUUAAAUGAAAGACACCCAAUUUUCAUGUUGAUCUUUAUAUUAGCCAAACUACCUCUUUUUGCCACUGCUUAACUAUACCAACUCAAAGUGGGAUGAUGCUUUUAUUUCAUCCACUUGAAGAAUGAAGUGGAAACCAAUUUUUUCCCUUUGUUUCCAAGGCCAAGAUCUCAAAUGACAAACUGUGUCUUAAUUAUACUGCUUCAGUUUGCAAAUUGGAAUUCCCAUGAGGAAAUGGCAUUCCAUGCAAAUGAUCCUUUCCAGAUAGGCAACUUAGCAUAGUAGAGAGAAAUGCUGGCCUUUUUUUUUUUACACAAAGAAGCUUUCAAUCAAUGAACACUUUACACUUAGACUGGCAUACUUGGGCCAGUACAGAUUUAUCACCUUAUUAAAUUAAACUCAAGGUGCUGGUUAAAAGGUUAGCAAUAUGUACAAUAAGAAAAAAAAAGUGGCUAGUCCAGUGAACUAUUCCUGUGUGAGGAGCAUUUAUCUUGGCACUGAAUUACUAUAUUAGUACUUGUAAAAUUACAACUCUUUUUUCAAUAAUACUUUGUCCACUUUUACUCUGAAAAAGAUUGUUAUGGUAACAUAAUUUAUUCAUUGCUAAAGGAACAAGGAAAACAAAUGCUUUUUUGUAAGCACUGAAUUAGGAGUUUGCCAACAAUUAGCUUGAGCAGCUGCUGCUUUGCCUGAUGGCAGGAGAUGAGAAACCUGUAUCCCUCCAGAAGUUGCUGAACUACAACUUUUGGCAGCCCCAGCCAGCAUGGCCAAUGAUGAGGGAUGCUGGAGGCUGACACCAUCUGGAGGACCACAGGUUUUGCAUCUCUGUCUCAUGAGUUCAUUUCUUUCCAAACAGAUGUUCCAAAAAAGGUAAUACCUCUAGUCACUGCAUUUGAGAAAAUGAAAGUCUUCUUAGAAUAGAAAUUGCUAUUGCUUCAAAGAAAGUAUGUUGGCAGAGGGGGAAAAAAACCUACACGCAUAUGAAAUUCAUAAUUUUGGAAUCAGAUGUAACUUGUUUGUGUCCCAGAUCAAUUUCAUAAUAAUCGCAUCAGACACCCAACUGUACCCAUGUGGUUGGGUUCUCCAUGCAGCCUGGCAAGUGUCUUUUUCUGGUGUAGUUCUUCAUAGCACAGAUUGACCCCAUGGAGUUGGCUAUGCAUUGUAACCAGUUCAAUUACAGAUCUGAACUACAAGUUACAAAACUGGAAGGGGUGGAGCCGGGACAUCAUGGAUAAACAUGCAAUAGACCUUUCAUAAUCAGAGUCUGAGCGGAUCAGGGUUGGCCUUCAACUAUAAUCUCACUUAAGCAUUUUUAUUCUUGUUGAGUUGCAAAGUAAGCCACAAAAGAAGUAGAAUUGGGAGUGAAAUCAUUCUUGUAGGGACUUGUAAUAUUAAACUCUUUAUCCUAUUUAAUUUUCUAAUAAAAAUGCUGUUUUAAGGAA